GCCGCUGUCCGCACGCCGGUGCUGAUCCACGCAGAGGCCGCGCGUCGCCCCGGUGCGCUUCCGCGGCCGAAGCGAAGAUCGAGGCACCGAAAGCCCGUAGCCUGGUAGAAGGGCCAGGGCGGCGCCAAGUCCGGCCGAGUACGGCCCGCGAUGCCUCUCGAAGCCGGCACGCUCGCCGCCUCCGUGAAGCAGCCAGGCCCCGGGGCCGCCGAGCUCUGAGGCCGCGCUCGUGCCAUGGCCGCCCGGGGAGGACCGGGCCCCGGCUCCCGGCACCGCGCGCUCUGCGGGCUGCUGCUGCUCUGCCUCUGGCUGCCCGGCGGCCGGCCCGGGGAGCCCGCCGCUCCGUCGUCCGGGGUGGAUAGGCUGCUUCAGGACUUUCGCCGGCAGCUACAGCGGGCACGGCCUCGCGAGGAGCUGGAACCGGAGCUGCUGGGCGGCCCGCGGGAGGAUUGCCCGGGUGCGGGCGGUACGGCGGUCUACCGGGCGGUGCCCGACACCAUCAUCCGCCCGCAGGACUCCAUCGCGGCGGGAGCCAGCUUCCUGCGCGCGCCCGGGAGCGUGCGCGGCUGGCGGCAGUGCGUGGCGGCCUGCUGCUCCGAGCCGAGCUGCUCGGUGGCGGUGGUGCAGCUGCCCCGGGGGCCCAGCGUGCCCGCACCCAUGCCCGCGCCCCGCUGCUACUUGUUCAACUGCACGGCGCGCGGCCGCAGCGUCUGCAAGUUCGCGCCGCUCCACGGGUUCCGCACUUACACCCUCAGUCGCGCUGCGGACGCCGCCGGUUUCUCUGCCGGGCCAGGUGAGGACGAGCCUCCAGUCAGCAGGGCUGGGAAGGAUGUGGUUUUACAGCUGCCCAUAGACGGGGUAGUUCUAGACGGCCGAGAAAGCACAGAUGACCAGGCCAUCGUCCUUUAUGAGUGGACCCUGCAGCAGGGUGACCCGUCGUCAGUGGACAUGAAGGUGCCUCAGCCAGGAACCCUGAGGCUGUCCCGCCUGAAGGAAGGAGUGUAAGUCUUCCAGCUGACUGUGACUGACUCUGUGGGUCAGAGAAGCUCCGACAACAUGUCUGUGACUGUGCUUCCCCGGCUCUACUCCACGGGAGAUGAGGGAUGCUCCAGUGCUUGUUCCCGCUACCAUUUCUUCUGUGACAGUGGCUGCUGCAUUGACAUCGCCUUGGCUUGUGAUGGCGUGAGGCAUUGUCCAGACGGGUCUGAUGAAGCCUUCUGUCAAAACUUGUCUCUUGACCGCAAGUGGGUGACACACACAGUGGCUACUUCUGCCCAGCCAGGAGUCACGGGAUUAAGUGAAGGUGAAGGAGACUCCAGGUUGGGGUCCCAGAGAGCCACUACCCACAGGCAGCCGGCUCCUGCAUCCCACACAGAAAAGAGGAUACACUCCACCCAGAAGGCGCCGGAGAGUCAGAUCCAUCCUGUCCAGCCAGACAGUAAUUCCUCAGGAAAGAACCAAGAAGAAGGAAAUUACUUUCUCAAGUCCAAGAGUGGCAAAUCGCGAGCGGAGCACCCUGCCCCGGAAGCAGAGGUUUUAGUGGGAGCCUCCCCCUUGUCACCACGAUCACCAGUCUCCAGGGAGGAGAUUUGGGCCACUCAGGAGGGCGGACCCUGUACCCCCACCCCAGCUCAGAUCAGGCAAACAGGAGCACAGUGUGAACCCUUUCAGGCUCCCGCCAGGUGGCCCUGUGCCCCACAGCGCGACUCUCCUACCUGCAAGUCCCCAGGCAGCCAACAGCAGAGGCAGCCUAGGCAGCAGCAGCAGUGGCUGCAGGGCCGGGUGGCCAGGCACGGGUGUCCCGAGACCAUGUAUGGGCUGUCAGCUCAGGUCACAUCUCAGGAACGCGACGUGGGCUCCCCAGGGCUCCUCUCCAAGCGCGAGACCCGGGACGGUUGGAGCCCAGAGCCCACUGUGCUCAACCGGCUUCGCCCGCAAGGGUCCCGCCAGGGAGGCUGUCUGGGUUUCAGUCCCCAGUCCACAGGCUUCAAGGGGCGAUGGAGGUCAGCAUGGAUAAGGACUCAGCCCAGCACAGCAGAGUCUUCUCAGCCGCUUGAAAUGUCAGGUUUCAUCCUGGAAGAAGAAGAAGCUGGAAGGCUGAAAAAGCAACAUAUCUGCCUGAAUCCCACCAUGCUUCCUGCCAUGAUGAUAAUCAACAGAACUUCUGAAUGGGUUGUCCUCAUGCUUUUGGGGAAAUACCUUCGUCCAACUGCUUGUGUCAGUGACAUGCAGCAACACAUGGCCCGGAUGCAUGCUGAAAUUCUCUUCUUCCAUUUCUCAGAGCACCUUGGCUGCGGGAAUCUUGGAAGUAAAGGUCUCCUUCUUUCUGGGUCACUUGAGGCCUUUUCGGCCUGA